AUGUCGGUAGGAUCAUUACAGAUUUACACAUCACAUUGCAUGUUGCACUGUCCAUUUAUUCUAUACUACUUACAGUUCGAUGAAGCUGCCACCAAGGUGAAAUCGCUGAAGGCGUCACCAUCGAAUGAUCAGCUGUUGGAGCUGUAUGCGUUGUUCAAACAGGGGACAGUCGGUGACAACAACACCGACAAACCUGGCAUGUUCGAUCUGAAAGGCAAAGCCAAAUGGAGCGCAUGGGAUGGCAAGAAAGGUUCUGAGACUUUGAGCAUAAUUGUUCACUAG